CAUUUCUAUAUGAAUAGGUUUUGUAUAAAGGUCAUGGCCAUAAAAACUAGACAUUUGUGUAGAGAUUUAUCAAAUACGACGAGUCUAAAGCUUUGUAAUGUACGAAAGGACGUUCUCUGGUGCUCUCGGACCAUACUUUUCUCAAGUAAAAGAAAUAGCGGCCGGCGGGAACGGUAGAAUUUUAUCAGGAGUUGACACACGUUUCGAUUUCCCUGUCUGUAUUAAACGAAUCUCAGUCGCGAAUAAAGAUGAAUGUCGAGCUGCUCUGAGGGAAAUUCGUAUCAGAAGACGUUUAAGACAUGAAAAUAUUGUUGGUCUUCUCAAUGCCAUCGUUUCCGACGGUACCGAGAUUUCAGAAAUCACACCGGCGAAUUUUAGGGAGACCAGUUGUAUAUUUCUUGUUCAGGAGCUGUUGGAUGCUGACUUGAGACAAGUCAUUGAAAGCAAUCCUCGAUUAUCUGACGACUAUGUGAAGCUGUUCUUUUAUCAGUUGUUGAGGGGAUUGAAGUAUAUUCAUAGUGCGAAUGUAUUACAUCGUGAUCUUAAACCAUCUAAUGUUAUGAUAAAUAUUAACUCUUUACAACUAAUGAUUGGGGACUUCGGUCAUUCGAUGGUGUUAGACCCCAAAUAUUCUCAUGGGAAUUCUGUAACAGUAUGUGAUACGAGUCUAUGGUACAAGGCGCCAGAACUUAUACUUGGCACAGAUCAAUACAGUACUGCAAGCGAUAUUUGGGCUGUGGGCUGCGUCUUAGCUGAAAUGCUGUUGAGUCGACCAUUGUUCGAAGGAGAAAGUGAUUUAGAACAAUUAGAACUUAUUAUUCACGCAAUUAGGGUGCCCCCAAAAGACCAAGCUUAUAUUCGCACCUUUUUGACAGACGAAGUGAACACAAUGUACUCUGGAGAGCCUAAAUUUCCACUGCAAUCGAAAUUUCAGAAAAUUGACUGCCAAGGUAUGUGACAAUUUUUUUGUAUGCAUAUUUUGAAUAUUGCCACCCAUCGAGGGCCAUUGUAAACCGCAAUACAAUACAUCGUUUAAUAUUUGAGGAAUAUAACAUGACACUGCUAUAUUUUUGGGGCAAGAUAGGAGCAUUUUAGAUAUACAUAAAAAUUCCGUGCCAUUUCGUGGUGCAAUCGAACACGUUGUCCGCUUGUUGACCUUCAAGCUCAAAGUGUCAAGUUUAACACAGUUUCGCUUGAAUAAUUAAUCCCUAAAGCGAAAUGUUCGUUUUCAAGCAUGAAAUGCCAUGUCUUCCAGUUUAUUAGCCUGUUUAUAACAAUAUUUUGAAAUGCCAGGUGAAUGUGGUGUCUGGCCAUAAGUCUGGGUACUGUAUAUAAAUAUAAGCCUCCGUUAUUGCGUAAGCAGGCGGUAAUAUUCUCAUAUUAAUAUUUGGCUAACCGCUUAGAUGUUGCUCGUAAAUAGGUGUUCUUAAAUGUUCUGCAAAAAUAAUGCAAGUGCUUAUCAACAAGGCUGUACCAUGUGAUAACAUCAUUGUUUUAAUUUGUGAAAGGCCGUGUUUACAAGCCUUUGGGUGAUAAUAUUAACUAUUUAUUAAUUUAAAUGCAAGGUUAACUUGAAACCUUAUCUAUGGUUUAUACCGGCACAGUAAGGCUUAUGUUCAGUGCAUAAAAGGUGCUUUAUAUGGUUUUAAAUGCAAAACAUUUAUGGCAAACAUUUGUCUAUGUUAUGACUAGGCAAUAUUUAAUGAAGUACAGAUAGAGGAUUUUUAAUUAGGUGUUAGCACGUAAACAUGUUUCUGGUAAAUAGCAGUCAUGGGAUCACCUCAUGACUUAUUGCAUUUCAAAUGCAUUUCCUUUAUGAUUGACAGUUGAUGUUUACCCUUAUAUUCCCGGUCAGUAAGGCAUCUUGACUAAGAGAAGUCCUACAAAUAACGAUAUAUGACAAAGGAUCUGCAUUGCAAUUUUAUUGCAGUUCAACCUCUAAUUAAUUAACAUGCUACAUACGUGCAUCACCAGGGGUUUAUUGGGGUGACAUUUGAUGUGUUGUAUGGAGGGCAAGAAAGUAUUUUGUUUGGGAAUGUCAAUCGGUGUCUGUUAACUAGAGAUUGAACUGCAUAUGUGGAAGGAUCUUUGAAUGCAGCACUACCGCUACUAACUACACGACGAAGGGCCUUUGCUCAAAACAUUGAGUUUCACUUGUAUUUUUUAGGCAGUUGAAUCCCUAUCCGUCUGCACUAUAAUCCUCUGUAUUGCUGCUGAGCUACCUCGACAUCCAGUUGCAAAAAAUUAGCUGUAUACUUAGGUUCAACUUUGGCAUUAUUAAUAAUUUGUGCUUCCGAUUGCUGACAUCUAGUGAUUUUGACAUUCCUGCCGUUAGAAACAAUUAGAAUGAUUUAUAAAAGAUGUAUUUCAUGCUGUGUUGCAGCUCAUUAAAGUUACCAGAAUAUCUGUUGCCAAGCAACAUCUCCACAUAACAGUUGUCUCCAGGUAGCAAUACAAUGCAGUAUCUUAGAGGAAUUUAUAUUUGAAGUUGAACACUAUAUUCUUCUAUCUGGCAUAAAUAUAUUGAGUUCCACGGGAAUACGUGAAAAAUGUAUGAACUUUUUGUCCAAACUACCUAACGUGAUUAAAAUCUCUUUGAUGUUUCGAACAAAGGUCCUUCAUCCCUCUUGUGCACUCUCAGAAUAGUCUUUAUCUGAAGUUGACAGGUUUCAAAGCCCUUCAGUGCUUCAACCCAUUCUAGUCUUGUUAGAUUAUAUUGAAAUAACUUUUUGUAUAAAAUGAAUGUGCAUUCAAAUUGUGAUUUUGAAAUGUUGCUUAGAAAGUGAGGCAAUGUAGGUCAGUGUUUAGACACCUGUUGUGAGGGGGCAGGAAAACUUUAAAGAAAUGAGAUGAAAAGCAGACACCUCAACCCACAUAAAUCUGAUAGGAAUAAAAUUAUGAUGAAGAUAAUAAAUAGAUGUUUUAAAGCAGAUGUUCAAUUUAAAAGGCUUAGGAUAUUGCCAAAUAAUUAUGUCUAGUCACUGGAGGUUAGAGCUUUUGAAAUAAAACAAAUAAAUCCGGUCACCUGCUAGAUUUUAUGAUUUUGUCUAGAUAAACACUCUCAUUUUACAGCAUAACUAUAUAUGUCCACACUUUUUAGUCCAGACCCCCACUCAAAAUGCUAGGUGCUUUGAAUUUUCCUGGUGAUUUUUUGUCUUGCAAAAUGCAUUUUCUUUUGGCCUGCUGUUAAAUCCAUACUAAACUGUUUCUAGCAAAUUUAGCUGGUUAUAUUAAUCAAUAUAUAAAACUUAUAAAACAACACAAUGAAAUUUCAUUUGUUCUUAUUGAAAUUUCAUUUCAAUCAAUAUAUAAAACUUAUAAAUAAACGUUCAUGGGGAAUGAACUUUUAUAAAACAAAUGUUUUCACUUUUUUCAGCAUUCCAUUUACUUGAACGCCUACUCUCCUUCAAUCCUGACGAUCGUGUUACAACAGAGGUAGCACUAAGUCAUCCAUUCCUGAACGAGUUUGCCUGUGUCGCUGACGAGCCUGUGUGCUUGAAACCCCUACACCUCGAACACGAAGUUGACGAUUUCUUAGAAUACACACUGAAGGACCUUAUUGUUGGGGAGUGUGUUGCUUUGGCUGAGGAGCAACCUCGUAUACACUUACAGAUGUCUAGCUGUUCCAGUCUGAAUGAUUUAAGCAAAGAUUGUCAUGUUAGUCCAUCUGAGAGUGCCUCACAGUCCAUGGAGGAGAGAAUUAGUUUGGAACUCAAGACAGUCAGUGAAGACUACCAUGAGGUUAUUAUUUUUAUUAUUAUUAAUUUUUAAUGGUUUUACAGUUCGUGACAUUCAGUGUCUGCAAGCUGAUCAAAUUUAUCAUUAUCAGACGUUAUUAGUUAUUAUUAUAAUUUAUUAUUAGUAUUUAUCAUUAUUUUUCUUGUUAUUAUGUAAAUUUUAAAUCUUGGAUCUUUUCUGGAAUGACCCAGUACAUUAUUUAUAUUCCAAACAUAUUUUUUUCAGGAGGGGUCGAAUGAAAAUGAAUGCAGCCGCUUCAAAGUUUUGGAAGUCCUUAAAGAAGAACAUGGUUCAUCCAGUGAUAGCAAUGGACUGGCAACUCAUGAGGAAGGCGUUAGCGAAGCACCUUUGGUAUCAGACCAUCCUAUGUAUAGCAGCUCAAAAUGGGAAAAAGAAAGGCAUAAAUUAGGACAUCGAAAGCACCAUCAUCAUCACAGACGAAAGAAGAAAUUCCAUUUGAAAAGUCCAAGUUCUGAGACUGAACCAUCCUUGGACUCUAAUAAUGGUGGACGUCUACACGAACAUUCGUUUGAUUCCAAUUGUCGUUUACCCGAAGUUCAUGUUUCCGGGGAGGACAUACCGGGGAAUCAUGUGUUCAACAAUUCUGUAGAAGGACAGUCUUUGUCGCCACAUGAAGUUCCUCCUUUGAAAAAUUCAACAGCCGUGCUAGCCCAGGAUGAUAGGGUUAAUGAUCUAAUAAUGAGAUCUCGUCAACUGAUAGCUGACCAGGUCAUAGUCAUAAAUGAAGUCCCUGCCAUUACUGAUAUAUGUUGCACCGUGACUAAUUCUGAUCUAACUGAUGUAUGUGGGUCAGUCCAAUCUCCUAUGACUGGCGUAUGUAGUUCUCUAUCCACUAAAGCUGGUGUAAAUUGCGUCUGUAGUACUGUAUCAUCCAAUUAUGGUCAUACUGAUGUCUGUAAAUAUGUAGCUCCGAACGAAUACCCUGUAGUACCUAUGGAAAUUGAGCAGGCAAAACCCAAAGUUGAGAAAAACAUUUCGUCCUCUGUUGGAGAUCUUAGUGUCUUGAGUCAUCAUAAAUCUACGGCGGAUCUCGGCGUUGCAGAGGUUAUACGGAGAUCGCAAGAACUUCUCGGGGAGGUUUGUAGAUCUAACACUGGCGAGGCGAAAACGUUAGUUGCACAUGAGAUUGAUCGUGUGCAGGAUUUGAUUACGAGAUCGGAACAAUUGCUGAAAUCUAAAGGAGUUGUACAGAGUAAAGAUACAACGGAACACAGCCCUGGUGUUCCAGUGGAGAAAAACGAGAGGGAUCAUAUUCAGGAUCUGAUUUCAAGAUCGGAGCAACUGCUCCAGUCUAAAAAAAUCAGGGAACUGACUAACAAUCAAUGUAAACACUCCGAGGAGAAAAUCUUAAUGAACGGAAUUUACUCUGUGAAGGAUUUCAUUCCAAAAUCUGAGCUUAAGGGUAAUGAAAUCACGGAACGUUUACAACCUGUGAAUGAACAAGGAAUUGCAAAACAUUGUGGACCAGAGUUUGCCACAGAGGACAAGGUUUGCAAUUGCCCGCUAACUUUUACGGACAAGUCCAUAGAUUUGACAACACAACCACCACCUGCUAACCACCUUCUAGCUAAAAAUUCCAUUAUCCACUCAAGUGUAAAAGAUAACUCUCCGUGGGUGAGCUCGCGUGACCACCCUCAUCUCAAAGAGUCGGGUAGGCGGAUGCAGGAAUUGUUGGAAGAAUCACGUACCUUAGUCAACAGCUUAAAAACGAAUGAGAUGCUUGAGGCUGAAUCUGCUUUGAUAUUUGAAGAAAAGUGUGGAAAAAUUGCAUGCGAGGAACAGUGUGAAGAGUUUAGUCUGAAGAAAACGAACAAAAAGGAAAAUUUUGACAAAGGCCUGGACGGGAUAGAUUUGAAUGAAAUGAAGUCAGUUCUGGAUCAGGCCAAAAAGUUAUUAGAAAAAUCUAACAAGUCGAGUGCAGACAAUGCGAAAGAGAGCUUAGAAAUGAAUAAAUCUGUGAAUGCUAUGGAUGUUGAUGAGAUCGUGGAAGGGAAUGAAAGCGGUGAGGGGAAUUUAACAAAAAUGGAAGUUGACCAAAAUAUAGAAAACACUACUAAAGAUGUCUUGAAAGAUUUCUCAUGUUUCCAGAAUCGAGUUGAUUUCGCCACUGCCAUAUUAGAGCCUGUAGCUACAAUUGAACAAGCUGCCAUGUUUGAAGUGAAGUUAGUCCCACCUCUUGAGAAACAAACAACGCGAUUGAACUGUUGUUUAGCACGAUCGGAAGACUCUGCGAUUUCUAGCGAUUUAGGGAAAUGCAUGGUCGAAAAGAACGAUCAAUUUCAUACAGGCAAUGAUUACAAACAAAUUCUUGUGAAGAAAAGAUCGAAUGAUACUUUAUCCGAAACAAAUGAUGAUAACACACCCAAACACUUUAAGAACAACAGUGUGACUUUGCCCGAUGUUAAUACAUCAACAACAGUUUGUGAUCCGGUAGUGGACACUCCUCACAACGGAAUGGACGCAGAGCGAAGCGAAAAACAUUGCUCUGAGUAUGAUAGCAAAAUACCUCUACUGAACGGGUUCAAUACAGAUUCGUUAGACUUGAAUGUUGAUAAAAGGUUAAUUGCGGAUUCGAACUGUAAAACUGACGUAGCUGUUUCGAAAAAUCAAUUCGAUAAGAACGGUUAUAAACCAGGAAAAUAUUCACCGAAAUAUGAGCCCAUUACUACCCGACACCAUAGAGAUGUUUACUCGAAUACAGUGAUAGGACACUUCAAUUCUAAUGAAGUUGUAGACCAAAUUUGCGGUAACACUUGUCGAAUGGAAAACAACACAAGAUUGAACUCGAAGGAUAGUGCGAGACUCCAGAGUUUUUACGCAACUCUAAAGAUCCAAUCUAUUAUGAGAAGUCGACGCUCUCAUCGAGAGAAACGUCACGACACAUAUCCAUUUUAGAUGACCAAGAUAGGACAAUAUAUUACUUAUAAUUUAUAUACUAGAACGUUCUUAAAAUUUGUCAAAAUAUUAGUGAGUUUCACGAAGCGCUAUCGUGCAGCAGAUGGUGGUCAACCUUCAGUUAUCAGAGUGAGAAAAUAAUGUUAGAUACACGUAAAAACGCCCAAGUUGUUACAGAUGAGUCGAUCUGCAAACAAGUUGUGACAAGGUUUGUUGUCAAGCCCCAAUAUCAGGACGUGUUCGCACUGCUUGUUCCCAGUUGUUGUGACAAGUCUGGAACAAGUGGUUAUCACCUUGUUACAAGGUUAUAAGUUAGAGUUAUAAACCGACUUUCGAGGUUUAUAACUAACUUAUUUCACAUUUGUGGAGGUUUUCUAACAUAUUUUGUCAUUUUCAAAAAUUUUUAGUGAAAAAUUCUCAAGUUUUGUCUACAAGUUUAAUCUAAUAAUUUAUUCAAGGUAUAUAAGCUAGUUAUAAACUUCGGACGAUCAAAGAAAACCGACACAAAUGUGAUAUAAUGACGGUAACAGACUUGCUACAAGUUGUUCCAACAAGUCUAAUACUGUAUUACAACUUGUUGCGAGUCUGUUGGCCUCACCAACCUUGUUACAAGAUGGCAACAACUUGUUCUAGACUUGUCAACAACUGGGAACAAGGUGUGGACAUUUCUGGAGUUGACUACCAUCUGCUGCUCUGUGUAACACUCACUGAAAGCCACCAUGUAAUAUUUUUGGAGGAGGUAAGGUUGAGGUUAGACGUAGAUGAUAUAGGAUAUAUACACAUAAUUUAUUCAAUCUAUAAAGCUUUAUUUGCAUUCUUAAUUUAAGGACAAUUUUAUGGAUAUUUUAUUAACGUGUGUUCUAACACGAAUUUUUAAAUUUAUUGUAUUAAUAAAUGGAGCUUUUUUGCUUGAUUUUGUCGUGUGUUGUUUUAUGGAAGGCAUCCGUUACAUAGGUAUUCCAUU